AUGUCAGAAACAUUACCCCAAGUAGAAAUCUUACAAGAAGGAGACAACAAAACAUUUGCUCAAAAGGGAGAUUUAGUAACUAUCCACUACGAUGGAAAAUUAACCAAUGGUAAAGAAUUCGAUUCUUCAAGAAAAAGAGGUAAGCCAUUCACUUGUACCGUUGGAGUUGGUCAAGUUAUUAAAGGUUGGGAUAUUGCAUUAACUAAUAACUUUGGAAAAGGUGGUAUUCCAAAAAUUUCAAAGGGAACCAAGGCAUUGUUGACUAUCCCACCGGAAAUUGGUUAUGGAUCUAGGGGAUUUCCCGGUUUGAUUCCGGCUAAUUCGACUUUGGUUUUUGAAGUUGAAUUGUUGAAGGUUAAUGAUCAAUAA